AAGAUGACGAGUACGGCUGACGUCGCUGUCGAAUACGUUGCUGGGGGCCUGUACCUCUCUGAUCAUGAGCACGCCCGCUAUCUCCGCGCUUCUAUGGCUGCUGGGCGCAAUCAACCGUCCGUGUUAUCGGGUAGUGGUGAGCUGUUUGGGUGGUACAAUAAUUUGCAAUCCCGACCUGCACAACGCUCGCUCUGUGUUGUUGCUGUUGCCGGUGUGUUUUGCAAGAUGUGCAAUAUCAGUACGACAAGGCCCAGGGUU